AUGGGAUCAGGAAUAUUCAAAGCCAUUUUCGAUGACGGCUACACGGACAAGAUCUUGGUUGGGAGUAUAACUGGCGUGAUUUUGGCGGUUCUCCCCAAACUGUCACCCCCAGCGGCUUGGGUCUCGUUUGUGGCGGGCCCUACCAUGAUCCGACAUUUGGAGCGACAGACCUUCUCUGACAUCCAAUCUCGGUUGUUCCCCAAAUUUGGCUUGAUUGGAACUAGUGGGAGCAUGAUUGCCUUGGUUGCCCAACAACUAUUGGCCGGUCAAGGAUUGGGAUCGAUGGUGUCGAAAGUUUUGUUGGCGAACCUCCUCGGCAAUGUUCUCAACACCGGAUUACUUUUCCCGAAACAAAUCAGCGCCUUGGCUCAAAUGAGGGAUGCCACCAAUGACGACGAUAAGGCGAGGUUCCGUAAGACUUUUGGAAUGUUUCAUGGGAUUUCAAUGUUGGUCAACUUCUCGGCCUUUGCCAUGAAUUGUUGGAUGUUGUCAGGAGUUGGUGGAUCAGUCGCCAAAAUGUUCUAA